AUGAGUGAAUUCCCUUAUGACGUACUUAUGGAUUCUUUGAAAGAAUACAAUGAUAUUUUGUGUAGAUUAUAUAGGCUAAAGACAUCAAGAAAAGGCGAUAUCGACGCUUUUUUCAAAGAAAUUGAUAAACAAAUAUCAAAAUACCUUGAAUAUUCUUCCAAAUAUGAUUUUCUUGUAACAAUUACAAAUGCUGCAAAAGGAAACAAUGGAUAUAUUAAGUCUUAUUUGACUUUAAUGGGAAAGAUUCUCCAAAAAUAUCAUCCUAAUGAUUUGUACGAGACUUCAUUUGGUCAAUACAUUCUAGAGAAAUAUUUUGGAAUUAAAUCAACUGAAUCUAAUCAGUCAAAAAUCGGUGACUUAUUAAAAUCACUUAUUUAUGAUGAUGUGAAAUUACUUGUUUCAUAUACAGAAUUAUCCGAAUUUUCUCAUAUUGAUAGCAUCAAUUUUACUGACUUUCCAUGUGUGAAAAGUCAUUUAACUCUACUUGAAACAUGUUGUUAUUACGGCUCAGUUAAUUGUUUCAAGUUUUUGAGAACAAAAUUCUCUGCAGAAAUUACAGAAUUAUGUCUUCAGCUUUCAUUUUUAGGAGGAAAUCCUGAUAUUGUGAGUGAAUGCUUGAAAUAUCACGAGCCAAAUAAGAAAUGCAUGAAAUAUGCAAUUAUGUCUCACAACAUAGAUUUUGUUACAUUUCUCAUGAACGAAUAUAAAAUUCCAAUUGAUGUCGACUAUUGCAUAAAAUACGAUAAUAUCCAAGCAUUUUUAAUUCAUUAUGAUCAAACAAAUGAUUUGAAAGGAUUCAUUGUUAACACUUGUUAUUUCCCUUUUGUGUGGAAAACCAUUUUUAUAGUAUAUUUCAAACAAUUGAUAAAAAAUACCAAGAACUUCUUUACACUGCUAAAUCAAUUGCACUUUAUCGCUAUGAGUCAUCUUGCGAAGGAGAUUUCAAUUUUAAAGAUGAUUCCGGGAAAACUAUUCUUCAUUAUGCUGCAAUAUAUUUUCAUGAUGAUAUCGAUAUUGAUUUUUUGUUUUAUAAUGGAACAACUAUCAUCAACGAACAAGACAUUGAAGGGAAGACUGCUCUACAUUAUGCAGCCAUUAAUGGCAAAAAGAAUUUUGCAACACAUUUACAUGAUGGGCAUGCAGAUUUUGAUAUAA